AGAGGCGUGCGGUUCUCUGUGCGCCUGAGUCGGACGCACAAGCGCGCGUGCGCCAACCGUUCCAUUUUCAAACAUUCAAAUUGUAAAGGACUAAGUGACAGUGACCGGAAAACUUGUGUUCGGGUACUCCCAGUGUUUAUCCCCUAGACGUUACCUACAGUGAGUGAUGCUCUAAAUGGAGAUUGUGAGAAUUUUUCUCGUUAUUUGACACACAUAUGACGUGAAUAACGGUGCGAUCAGACUUGAUCGACUCGCUAAAAUCGAAGUGUUAGUGUUUCCUACAGCAGUGUCGGAAUUUUUAACGGACUUGCUUAAGUAAAGAUUGUGAGCGGUUUUGUGGCGUUCUUCUCUAGUUCAAGAGCAAUGUCUCGGUGGAAGGGAAAGCUGAGGUAGCCGGCAGAUGGCAGCAGCGCCGGCGAUGUUCCGGCCGGGGCCACUGGACCCCUGCUACGCUCAAAGGAUAUAUGAUACACCGGAGACCACGAAGACGAAGAAAUGGUCAUCAAAAUUGAAACUGAAUACUUCAGGGAGUGUAAAAUCAUCAGAAAAAUCACCGGAAAGCCCAUAUAUGUACGGAACCAUCAGCGGCCCCAGCGGGUCGGCUUUGUCCAAGUCCAUGAAGUACGCUGAAACAUGGUUGUAUGGGUCCGUGAGGACCCAAACCCCACCGAUGAGACCCAGCGUGUUCUCAGCGUAUCCGGAAGUACCUGGCCCUGUUCUAAUAAGUACUCCUCAAAAACCAACACCUCACAACUACGCUGUAAUACUAUGUUCCUGCCCUGAGUACCUUAAUGGUACAAAAAAAACCAGCUCUACCAAAGUCAGUAUAUGUAAGAAAUGCAAGGGAUCUCGUUUACCUUUAACUAUAGCCGAAAGCCCGCGGAUGUUAGUGGGAGGCACAGUCAGAGGACACCAAGUGAAUAGAGAUGCUGGCUUACUUAGAGCUGGGACGGUCAGAGUUCAAGGGUCUAAGGCGAGACCUUCUAUACUUAAAUCAAAUGGAGAUAAUGAUCCUUAUGACUUAAUGAGACGAAGUCGAUUAGCACCUCCUCAUGAAGCUCGUAUAGGAAGUCAGUUCUCAACGACUCGUUCACGGGCAAAAAGCAUCAGCCCAUGUAGAGGAAAAAAUAGGAAGCCGAGUCCAGAAUCGCAACGUAAAAUUAGAAGUAAAUCUGUUAGUAGAGUCAAUGAUGUUUGGGUGGACGAGGAUAACAAUGCGAACGUUAACGACUCUAAGAAAUCUAUUUUAUCAUGUGACAUCAACCCGUACGAUCUGGUGAAGUCAAGUGGUCAUUCAAAAUCAUUAGUCGAAAUAGAAUUUGAUGAUGAUUAUGCAGAUAUGUUUCAAGAUCCACUUAAAGUAGGUAACUCUAGGCCACUGAGUAAGUCCAAGUCGGAUACUAAUGUUAAAGCUAUCGGUGGCCAACGCAUUCGUAUAUCAGAUGAAUCCAAGACUUAUGCUAUACAAGAUACAACUUCUUACGACUCCUUAAACUGUGAUCUCAAAAAUUUUGAAAUGAAAACGCAGGGGAUAUCUUCCUUAUUACCAAAUAUUAAAACUGAAAGUUACAAAUCGUUGCCUGUAAAUAAACCCACGAAUAAAAAGACUAUUAACUUAUCUCCCGCAAAUCGCACAAAACAGAAAAGUGUUUCUCCAAAACGACCACCAAGAAGAGUCCGGAAUGCAAGAACAGACGAUGAUAGUGAAAGUGACAACCAACGUCUACCAGAACGUAACUAUAAUAGAAAAGCACCCACAGAUAAUUCACGAAAUCAAAAAUAUAAAUCAAAUAACUCUGAAAACAUAAAAUCUAUUCUUAAGAAGCCAAGAAAUUAUGACUUAUAUAUGGUGAAUCCAAAAUUGGAAACAUCGGAUGAAUCGUCCGAAAAGAAACGAAACAAUGCUUCACAGUUCUACCUUCCUAAGCCAAAAGAAAAAGGUUUAACUACAACACAGAAUAUAUUACAGCGAAAGCGUGUUCAAUUUUUAGUAGAAAACGAAGAAACAAAAGUAAUUUACACAGCAGAAUUCAAUCUUCAAGAAAACACGGUAAGAGGAAUACCCGGUGAUAUACCAGCAGAUAUGGAAGACGAUAUCGUAGCAGAAGGUGAUAUUGUCAGCCAUAGUUUGACAGAGGUUGACCUUGAAUUGGCAAAAUUAAUCACACAGAGUACAGGAAACGACCCAAGCCUGUAUGAAGAUGUACAAGUAAACAAUAACUUUGGAGUUAUUACGGAAGGUACCAGCCCCGUAGAAACUAAUAUUUUCUCAGAUACUGCAAGGAAAUCAACUGAUGAAAAUGUAGCAGAUAACAACGUACCAAAAAUACCUGUUUUGCGUCGCUCGGAAUCAGAAAGAUUAACGUCGAUUAUGUCCGUUGCACCUCCUAAAUUUUUGGAUACAAUGGCGUUGCGUCCCAAACCUAAACAUGGACAUACAAGUCAGGUCUUUUUAGGAUCUCUCAAUGAAUUCGAACAAAAUAAAGAAAAUGCAUUUCGACAUGAAUCGUCGCAAAUUACUGAGUCACAAGCGGUUGAAAAGAAUUCACUGCAAAAUGAUGAUGAAUCAGGAAAUAUAAGUGAUAAUAGUGAUAUUACACAAAAGAUCUUGAACAAUUUGCGACGAGGUAUAUCAGAAUCACCUGAGCCGCCUCCUCGGCUUAAAGUAAAGGACCGCAAGUUAAAGAAAAAUAAUUACGUAAAAACGAGAUUCGUGAGGAAUAAUUCUACAAGUUCCACAAGUGAUGAAUGGUCGGACGCUAAUGAUAAUGAGCAAAGAACUGUUUUAAGAGUAAAACAAUUUGAUUCAGAUGAGGGCGAAGAACCUAAUGCUUCAACUGAAAUAACAGAAAAUGAACCUAGAAAAACAUCUAUUCAGAUCAGUGGCAAUGAAUGCUAUUCUACAAUGAAUGUCAGCAGUGACACGCCUAUUUAUUUAUCUUCAGUCGUGGUCAAUGAUGAUUCAGGAAACACGUGUGAUACUUAUCAGACUGGAACAACAGUUACUAUUAGCGUUGGAACACCUCAAAAAGCAGUAAAGAAAUCUAAGAGUCAGAUCUACAUAGGAACGUCUUUAUCUAACCGCAGAGAAAAGAAAGAAGAAUCAAAUACGUACGAAGAGUAUUAUAAUGACAACCAAUCAAUGAAUUCUAAUAACACAUCUAAUUCAAUUAAUGACAUUAGUACACCCGAUAUGUCCACAAUUCUGAAUGAUCCUGUACAAGCUGUUAAACUAAACCUUGUUCCGCACGUUUGUGGAAAGAGUAAUAAUCCCUUGGAUAACAGUGAGGAAUCUUUUGACCAAUCUCCGAGAGAGAAAAACAGUCACAAAAUGGACGUUGUUAGCAAACUCUUUGACGACCCCUUCUUUGGCCAUUUAGCAGAAGGUCUCGACUCAGGACUAGUUAAAAAAUUAAUAGAGAAUUCGCUUAUAAAACUUCAAGAAACUAAAAACCAGGAUGGUACGGAAACACAAGAAAUCACAAUCGGAAAAUUGAUUGAAAGCUCUUUAAAGAAUCUUAAAGAAGAAAUUAAUAAAAGGGAAGAGACAAAAGUAAAUAAUAAUGUGAACGAACAAAAUAGCGCCAGAGAUGACGAGUCGGACAAGAAAGCAGCCGACCCGUCAGCUUGUCUAGAAAACGACGACAACGGCUGCUCUGCUCCCUAUGAAAGUAUGGAGUAUGAAAGCGGUGCUAUGGGAGUAUUUUCAGACCUUGAACCUAUGUCAGACUGUUAUAACGCGUCCGCGAGCGAACUUUCUACUGAAGAUGACACGACUUCAACAAGAUCUAAGUUUUAUCAAAUGUUAGUGGAUGCUGCGCUAUGCGAUAUUGAGAUAGCAAGCAACACUGAUGAUGAUCAUCACUAUGAAUCAAUCCGCCUUAACAGUGAUCCCAUUUAUGAAGAAAUUGGUGAUAUGCCACCUCCAUUACCAGUUAAUCCUCCUCCAACAUCAUUAUCAAUAUUAGACGAGGAAAAACGAAAUGGUUCGCGGUCGAUUUUUGAAGGAGCAUCAAAAUAUGAUAUUUUAUCCUAUUUGGUAGAUGCUAAAGAAAGAGGUAUUGAUGACGAAGAUACAUAUAUUACUAGUUUUGGUACUGAAAACGAUUCAUUGAAUCAAUCCAAAGAUAAAUUAAUAAAUUCAGAAAUAAAUGCUCAUCUAAGCAGUAAUACAAGCCAGCUAUCUAACGCCUCCGAUUCAAGUGAAGACAAUUCGUUAAUUAUUAAUCAUGAUAGUAUAGAAAAGACCCUUGUUUGUAAGAAAACAUCCGCAGAAAUUGAAAGGAACGAUUCUGGUGUUGGUUCAGAAACAAGUAAGUCAUCUAGAAGUCGGCUGCAGGGAAAAAUAUCACCUUGCAAUACACUGACGGAUAAAGAUACCCCAAUACACCUCUGUGAAGAUUGUGAUACUACAGUCGAGACUCAAGUCACAGAACAAGGCUCAUUGUAUGCUCCAUUAGUGUGCCGAAAAUGUGCGAAGAAGCGAGCAGAGAGAAAAGAAAUCAUAACAGAAAUUGUUGAGACCGAGGAAAAGUAUGGGCGAGAUUUGCAAAUUAUCCUUGAGGAAUUUUACAAACCUAUGUUAGUCGCGGGCUUACUUAAUCAAGAACAAUUAAGUGCAAUUUUCCUUAAUGUUGAAGAACUCAUUGAAAAUAAUCAAGUGUUGUCUGAAAAGUUAAGAGAUGCUCUGGAAAUUGCGGUUGAACAAGGAGAUGAGGACUUAUUAACAGUGAACGUGGGGAAGAUACUUCUAGAGUGUUCUGGCAUGCUGACGGCAUUCCAGUCAUACUGUGUCAAACAAGCGGGCGCUGCACUUCUAUUAGCGGGCCUUGAGAAAGACAAGGAGCUGCUUCGGAUAUUUUUGCGAGUCUCUCAAAUGGAAAACACUGUUUUAAGGAGGAUGAACUUGAACUCCUUCUUAAUGGUGCCUGUCCAACGUGUAACAAAAUAUCCGCUCCUGUUAUCUCGGCUUCAUCGUUCAACGGCAGCGUGCGCCGCUGAAAGAGAUGACGUGCGCAGCGCUCAGCGUUGUGUCGAAUCCAGACUGGAAGAGAUGAACGCAGCAGCGGCAGCAGCAGCUGCUGCAGCAAGAGACGUCCCACUGUGGAGGAGACUUGCUGCGGCUAGAAGAACUGCUCACGAUCUCCAUGUCGCUGAUAUCAGACUGAGAAAGAUGGCCGUUGACGUCCUUGAUUGGAAUCACGAUGAUGCAAGGUUCGCAAUGGAAGGGAAGUUGCUGUUCACCCAGCCGAAUGACAACAACUGGCGGAAAGGACGCACAAUCAAGCUGACGCCCAUCAACGCCCUUUUGGUAACUAACGGAAAGCCAACGAUAACGCACAAAACGAACGAGAUCCGCGAAACCAGAGAAGCGAGAGAUCGCGAAGCGAGAGAAAGAGAAGGCGAUGCCCUCUUCGCACGGAGUGGAGUGAGAGAGGCUGCUCUCCUCCUAGUGAGAGAAAAGGCAGGAAGAUACACGCUGCAGAGAGAACCGCUGUUCUUGGAUAGGUGUGUGGUGGCUGCGGAUCAUGAGCCUGAACAUUUCUUCGAAGUUCACGAGAUAACUACUAAGGAUUCAUAUAUUUUCAAGGCAGAAGAGAGCUCUCGCACGCGCACCUGGUACCGGCAGCUGCAGUAUCACGCGCAGGGCGCAGGCGCGUGGCGCAAGCGCCGCAACGCUCUCGCCAAUAUCAUGAUCAACCCGAUGCUUACUAGAAACUAAGCUUUACUACAUAAACAAAAAUUGUUACACCUCUAAACUACAGAUGUCGCAGUAGUAUGCGUAGUGAUACUAGCGACAUCUGUAGUUUAGAGGUCGCAUACUUACCUCUUAAAUACAGAUGUCGCUAGUGUCACUACGCAAUGCGCUCGCAUUAAUGAUCAAUCUCAUACUUACUAGAAACUAACCUUAAGACAUAACAAAAAAAACAUCAAAUAGCACUUUCAGAUACACUUCUAAUCUUAAAAAAUGUUUCGCCGUAUGUUUCCCAAAAAAACGUGCUGUUACGCUAGCCAUCAUAAUCAACCCGAUGCUUACUAGAAACUAAUACAUAUCUUUACUUGAAAUACUUAUGGGCAAAAAAAAAACACAUUUUUAAACAAAAAUAUUUCCAACUUAAAUAUAGAUGUCGCUAGUGUCACUAUGCAACGUGAUGGCCAACAUCAUAAUAAUUCCGAUACUUACUAGAAAAUAAACUUAAGGGUUAAAAAACAGUAAAAAAGAAAUACCUUCAAAUCUAUGGGGAUUUGUUACCUUAAAAAAAACCUUAGGUCUCCUACUCUCCUCACAAAAAAAACGUGCAGUUGAGUGCGACACAUAGCAACAAGUAAGAUCUCUUUUUCGUUUUGAAAAGAAAACAAAGUUUAAAAAAAUAUUCGUAGUAUUUUAAAUAAAAAAGUGUAUUAAACAUCGAGGUAGAAUCCAUUUUCCGCUGUAAUUGAAAUUUUUCCUUUAAUUGAAAUUCUUUUCGCAAUAGUUCUUGUUCAAAAAUUCAUCAAUAGUUUUGCAUUUACGUUGCAUUUUAAUGCGUGGAUGCUACGGUAUUUUUUGUGUGAGAUAAAAUGUGGUUUUCAUUAUAGAAGGGCCUUUAUGCUUCAAGAGCAAUAAGGACCUUUUCAUCUGAAAUUUCAACAUUAAUUCGUCUUUCUGGUAAAUUCACCCGUGUUCGACCUGUGACCGAACGCGAUCAGAUAUCAUUAUUUUACUUUUUUUGACGUUUCGGUCAAGUUGCAUUGGCUAUAUGGUCACGGAAGAUAAUAAAAUCAUGAUAUUUUAUCGCGUUUGACCCAAUAGUGACUUAAAAAAUGUGUACCU